CGCGAGUCGUGUCGAGGAGCGCCAGUCGUCAGGCAUUCGACAUGCAUUACACAUGAGUCGGCUGCGCGCCGUCCGUUCGGUCUUCUUUUUACAAUUCAUAUCAGAGUGUAGAGUGUUAUGGCUACGACGACUUACAUGCCUGCUAGUACCGCUGUAUCUUCGGAGUUAGACGGUGUCGGAGUGAUGAACUUAGGAGGUGCGAGUAUCGGCGGCGGAGGCUAUCACACGAGUCCGUCGCCGAGAUCCGCGGCCGAGGGUGAGAUGAAAUACAUGCCUCCUACACAGCACCAUCAUCAUCACCACCAUCAUCAUCAGCUGCCGUCGUCUCCGUCACCCAACAGUCAUACCGUGUCUCUGUCUCACAAUGCCUGGGCGCUCGGUGCCGGAGCGGAUCCUUGCACAUGGCCGUCCAUGGCCAUCCACAACCAUCACCAUCCUCACCAUCAUCCGCAUCAGGCGACCGCCGUGGAUAUCAAACCGCCUGACAUGCAGCACCGGGGUCACCAACAAAGUCUGCCUUCUCCACAUCCCUGGCACAAUUCAGGCUCGAUCUACAACAACGGAGGAGGCUCGCCUCUGCCGCACCACAGCGCCUACCACGCCGCGAUGAACGGUAUGUUGGGUCACCAUCACCAGACGACCUCCGUACAGCUGCACCAUUCUCUCAGAGAUAUGAAUAACAGUCCCUAUCCGCCCAACUCACAGCAUCCGGACCAACCCUCGGGCAGUGAGGAAGAAGCCCCUACCUCCGACGACCUCGAAGCUUUCGCCAAACAGUUCAAGCAGAGGAGGAUCAAGUUGGGGUUCACGCAAGCGGAUGUCGGUUUAGCUCUAGGGACUCUGUACGGUAAUGUGUUUUCGCAAACGACGAUAUGUAGAUUCGAAGCGUUACAGUUGUCCUUCAAGAACAUGUGUAAACUGAAACCCCUUCUCCAGAAGUGGCUGGAGGAAGCGGACUCGACGAACGGUUCACCUACCAGCAUCGACAAGAUCGCGGCGCAGGGGAGGAAACGGAAAAAGAGAACGAGCAUCGAAGUUUCAGUUAAAGGCGCCCUGGAACAGCACUUCCACAAGCAGCCGAAGCCGUCUGCGCAGGAAAUCACGUCGUUGGCCGACAACCUACAACUGGAGAAGGAAGUGGUGAGAGUCUGGUUCUGCAACAGGAGACAGAAGGAGAAGAGGAUGACGCCACCGAACACGUUAGGAGGACCUCAGGAUGGUAUGAUGGACGGACAGAUGAAUCCCGGACCCCACAGCCUCCACCAGUACCACCACCAGGACAUGCACGGGUCGCCCAUGGGUCCUCACUCGCACUCGCACAGUCCACCGAUCAUGUCUCCUCCCACGAUUCCCAACCACCAAUCGCUUACGGCUCAUUAACGUUUAGCCCAGUGGGAAAUUGAUUACUCACGACACAUCUCCAAAAUGCAGAGGGAAUACGUGUAACUGACUCCGGAUUCUUCGUCCCUCCACCUCCAAAACCCCCGAUUUGCUCAAUCCCUGGAAGAAUUGCGACCAAGCCGAUAGUGACUAGUGUGCUACCCGACAAAAACAAUUCCAGUGGAGGGGGAGGGACGAACGAGAGGGGAAGGAAUAACUUCUGGAGUGAUUUGUGUGCAUAAUUAAUAAGAAUUCAUCAUGUAUGCAGCCAGACAGACAUGUUUUAAAGAUGCGCCCGUGAGCAGCUGAGUCGCUCCGUGACUGCAUACAUCUGUGUUUUCUUAUAUUUGGAGAUGCCGUUGUGAGGUUGGACAUUUUCAAUUCCCACUGUGCGGGCUACUACACCGAUAGGUGACAAACUUGGACCUUUACAGGCGAUGUAAAUUGAAGUGUACUACCGUGAAUAUUUGUGAAAAUGGUGUAGAUCCUUUGGGGGGAAUAAGAUUGUUUAUAUAUUCAAUGUGUAUUUUCUAAGGGGAACUUUUCUGUGUUUGUAUAGACAUUGAAUAUAAACUCUGUAAAUAUUGUAAUCUGCUAGGUUUUGAUUUUCAAAGAACAAAUUAUUAUUCAAACAGUGGCCAACAUCUGUUUAGUCUUAGUGAUUACGGACGUCGGAGGACUCGAUCGUGUAAGUACCUUAAGUAACUUAAGUUUUCCCCGACUUCUAAAUUAUAUAAACUUUUUUGUGGACAUACACUAGUCAAGUUAGAUAACGUGAGAUGAAACAGGACUCCCUGACGGCAAAAUCAAAGCGAGUUUUCAGUCGUAAAUGUUGGUUCAUGGUACAAAAAGAGGCCGGACUUUGAUAAGAAUCUGUAGCCGUUCGGGGUCGACUUGCCAGGUAUCCAGGGCCCUGUUGUCAGGGGUGUGCACCAACAAUACCUUGUCCGACAAAGGCCCGACUCACAAUGACUCCCUUUCCGAGUGUCAAAACGAGAAUUUUAUGGCACCAGACCCUAGCACGCCUGAAUUCCUCCUGGCCAGGAAUUCCCGAAGUAUAAAUCUACCUUUAAUUUGUUGAACCCCAAAAUCUGGAAACAUUCUUGAUUGAUAAAAUCAAACCGUUUUUAGCAGAACGUUUAGCCACAGAACGUAGUUUUGGUGUAUUUUGAUGUUGUUGAAAUUACUGAUUCCGUCUUCGCAAAUAAAUGGUUUAUCACACUAUCAGAAAUAAUUGGACAGUGACAGUGUUUUAUAUAAAAAUAGUAAAGUGAAACAUAAGUGUGGAAGACCGAACCCUGCGGACGCCCGACUCUGGCCCCGUAGGCCGCUCGCCGCUGAUCUGCGACGCCGCUCACCAGGUAGGAGCCAACUAUUCACGCUUACGUUCGCCUUCUUAACAUUAGCUGCAUUCCAUAACAUUUCCAAAGUCAAGAUACGUGUAGUGGCCAGUGUUUGUGAUCAGAUUUGUUCUUUGUGAAUCACGCCAAGUCAUACCAAAAUACUUUGUGAUCCAUGCAUUCCAGUGAUUUUCAAGUACGGUACAUGCACAUUCUUGUAAAUUAAACUAUGUUUUACUCCAUCUAAAUCGUUGGAAUUGUAAAAUUUACGUUGAUGCAUUUGCAAUUAAAUGUUAAAAAUUAUGUGUUCAUUCUGCAAAUGAACUUCUAAAUUUUAAAUACAAUUUUGUCUCGGUGUGUUAACCUAUUUUAAAAGCAAAAAUAAUUUUUGUCGAACUAUACAAAUUAAACCCCCUUGAUUGGUAUUUUAACUCACAGAGAGUUAAUGUUUGUUUAGUGAAAUGUAUUUAUUUAUAAAAGUUAAAAAAAACUUUUAGUUGCUCCCUUGAUAAUAUGCCGGUUACAAAAUUAUACUACAAAUUUAGAAUUUUAUUUGCAGCUUAUGUGUACGGUAUGUGUUAUGUUACUUAGCGUAAUAUAUGACAGGGUAAAAAGCUAUUGUAUUCACUUCUCAUAUUUUUAAAACACUUUCAAAAUACUGAAAAUGCGGUACUGAUUAAUUUAAUGCAAUAUUAUGUCAAUAUUUGUUUUAAUUGGUUCAGUUUUUUCAGCAGUGUAACAUAAAACGUAUCUGUAGUUAUUUUUACUUUUAUGAAAUUAUCUUAAAAUAUGUUUGUGUAGGCCUAUUUCAUUUUGAAAAAAUAUCUGUUAUAUGUGUCAUAUACAGUAUAGUGUAAUUUAUAAUUUUUAAAAUGGAAACAACAGAUAAUUAGAUUUAGAUCUCAUUAAAUUGUUAUAUUCUUGUAAUUUAUAAUAUUCAGGCGUUUGCAUAAAAUUCUUACAAUUAUCUUUUAAUUAUAUUGAGCCAAAAUUAAAUUACUCCUACUUCCAAUGAAUAUUUUGUGUGCAUAGUAAUUCGCGGGUUCGUUUGAUGUAAAUAUGAGCAUACAUAACAGUUUUAUCGGGUAAAUCGUUAUUAAAACGUAAUUUUUAAAACAAUAUUAAAUUUAUACUUCAGUUUAAGACUCCUAUUAAUUACCGUACCGAGUUAGUAACUUAACAGUUAUCGUAAAAAUAAAAUUAACAGCACCGGCAUACAAAAUUUUUUAAGAAAUUAAAAAAAUAAGGAAAUCAAUAACUUUACUAAAUAUGUUGAUAAUUUCAAAUUAUUUACCUUGUUAAUUCAUUUGAUACUGUUUAGAAACCAUUAGGCUACUGGCCAAGCUUAUUUUUCUAGUUACCUCAAGGAAAAUUCAGGGGUAAUCUUUAGCUCACAGUAAAGACAUAAUUUCGAAAAUAACUUUGUAUUGUAUAAAUUUGGACUAUCCUUAGUUACAAGAGCGAAAUAUAAACGAAUAUUUUAGGGCAUUAUUUUAUUAAUUGUUGGUCAAAAAUGUGUGUAGUUGAAAUGAUGUGAUGAUUUAGUCAUUUAGCUUAGCUUUUCGAAUGUAUGUAUUAUUAUUAACUUAUUCAUUAAGAUUUUGUUGUUUUAUUAUUUGUGAUUAUACAGUUAACGAUACAUCAGUAAACUUUACAGAACUGACUUGACUCUAUGUUAUAUAAAUACAGUAUAUAUAUAAAAAUGCAAUCAUCAACUGCUAUGUGUAAAUAUAGAAUAGUGGCAGGCCCCUCUUGUAUAGUAGUUUCUAAAUUAUCAAUUUAUUGUGUUUUUGAUUUAUUUCCUUUCACCACAAACCGAGGGGCCCGAAUUGUAUAACAAAUAAAUCUAGUUGAUGAGGGAUUUAUUAAGAAAAUAAAUAUUGUGUUUUUGUCAUAAUACGUGAA